CCCAUGGUGUCCGCUGCAGUUCGCUUUGGGGAUGGCAGAAUGCGAGGGAUGCUCCUAGUUCUGCUGUACGUCUCACACUCUUCCGCCAGUUGUGGCAUCCAGAAAGCCAGCGUUAUAGAAACUUCCGAGGAGGGUUUGGUCAACGACAAGGAAUUCCCGUGGGUGGUGUCGCUGCAGGAUUCCCAGUACACCCACCUGGCUUUUGGCAGCAUCCUUAGUGAGUUCUGGAUCAUCAGCAUCGCAUCCAUCUUGCAGAACAGGCCAAACGUCAUCGUUAUAGUUGGUAUAGCUAAGAUGGAUGCCAAAGUGAUUUCUCAUGAAGAGUAUCCAGUCAACACCAUCAUCAUCCAUGAGGAUUUUGAUAAUGAAACCAUGACGAAUAACAUAGCCCUCCUGAAGACAGACACGGCAAUAGAGUUCAGCAGCCUGGUCCAGCCCAUCUGCUUCCUCGGCAGAAAGCUGCAUGUGUCCCCAGUCUUGCGGAAUUGCUGGGUGGCAGGAUGGAAUCCCACGUCCGCAACAGGAAAUCACAUGACGAUGAGUAUCCUGAGGAAAAUCUCCGUGAAAGACAUCGACCUGUGUCCUUUACACAGAAUCAAGAAAACAGGAUGUGGCAAUCACGUAGAGCAGGAAACUGAUGCUGUCUGCUUGGGGGACCCAGGAAACCCAAUGAUGUGCCAGCUCCAGAAACUGAACAUGUGGGUGCUGACAGGAAUCUUGUCCCACGGUGGUGAGAAAUGCCCCGGCCUAUUUCUGUACAUCAAGGUGGAAGACUAUAGCGACUGGAUUAUGUCCAAGACUAAGAAAACCAGCCGUCCCCUCUCUUCCUUCCACCACUGGGAGGAAUCAUUUCCUUUCCCCAGCUACUCAUCCCAUGUCAUCAUGACGCCGAAAAAACACUCCGGGCUGGGCCAGGGUGAAUGGUCCCAAACAUACAUGCAAGGACAUAUAAAGGUCACCUCUCACACAUUGCCAACAUUGCCAACUUUGCCAACAUUUCCAGCAUUGCCAACAAACAGCUCUAGAAAGAGUCUAGUCAUGGGGGAGAAAGGGUUAGGGGAAUUAGGCAGGUCUUCUGUUAUGGCCGCACAACCCAUGUACUAUGACUAUUACGGGGAGGCUGGGGACAGCGGUGAGUCUACUUCAGGUCAGAACAGGUUACAUUGGCCCCAAGAAAUUAUCUUGUUUUUCUCUGUGCUGGUUUUCUUUUGCAACGGUAUCUAG